AUGGAGUUCCCCACCCUCCAUGGUAUGUCUACCCAUUGCGGAAAGAAGCAUCCAGAACAUGACACAAAGGUCCACGAAGAGCCCGAUGGCAAUGCAGACCUAAGCACCCAUCUCGACCUUCAUAAUGAUGAGUCUCUGAAGUUAGCAAAUGAACAUAGACCCAGCCCCCAACACCUCAGAGACCCAGCCCCCAACACCUCAGAGACCCAGCCCCCAACACCUCAGAGACCCAGCCCCCAACACCUCAGAGACCCAGCCCCCAACACCUCAGAGACCCAGCCCCCAACACCUCAGAGACCCAGCACCCAACCCCUCAGAGACCCAGCACUGAAGACCAAGUCCAUUGCGCCGUCACAUCAGACAUCGGCCCGGCACCAUCAAACCCUUCCAUUGUACGCUUUGUCGCUACAGAACCACCAUCUUGAGCCUCUUGAAGAAUCAUCUUCUCAAACUGAGUACCCAUCCAAGAACCUCCCUUCCUUGGUUACCAUUACCGAGGACGAAGAGCACACCCUAAGGGCCGAUGAAGAGGGCACUAAUCUACCACAAAUUCAGGAUUGCAACCAAUUUUCUGAUUCUGAAGGAUCAGACCUUACCGAAAAACGAGCGUACUCUGAGCCCCCAGAUGUCCUCCGGCAGCUCAAACACUAUCGGCAUUUGGCUCAGGCCAAGGCCCCCGGGCCCCCAGAACCAAAGUCCACUGGAACCACUCAAGAUGGCUUAUUCGCCUGUGAGUUUUGUACCUACACGUCAACAUACAUCAAGAGUAUGCGUCGCCACUACAUAAGCCGUCACAAUGGGAAGAGGAUUGUGAGGUGUAAGGACUGCUCCUUCUUCACAGGCUUCAGGAAGAAGUUGGAUAUGCACAUGGAGACGGCCCACGCCAGUGUCAUAAUAGAAGCUGUUAAGGACUUACACUGUCCUCUCUGUCUUUACCACACCAAAAACAAAAAACGCAUGAUCGACCACAUCAUUUUGCAUCGUGAAGAGCCACUGGCCCCAAUAGAGGUGCGCCGUCCGAAGCUGUCCCGAUAUCUCCAGGGAAUUGUGUUCCGCUGUCACAAGUGCACCUUCACCAGUUCCAGUGACGAGAGCCUGCGUCUUCACAUGCACAAACACAAUGAUCUCAAGCCUUACAAAUGCAGACUGUGUUACUUUGACUGCACGCAACUGAGCGAGUUGGAGGCACACCUGUGCGAUAUGCACCAGGUCAUGAGGAACCAUGAGUUGGUGGGACAGGUCCAUUUGGAGGAACUGGAGACGACCCUGAACAGAAUGAAAUGGGGAGGGAGGUGUGACCAGGAACCAGGAGAUGAAGAGAAACUUGAAGGGACAGCACACCUAAAUGUGGCAAAGCAGCAAUGGCUGGAGGGUAAGGGCGACAACAUGGAGCUGCAAGGAAAUGAAGAGGAAAACCAGGAAGAAACUAACAAAAUGCACAAAGAUAAGCAAGCGUUUAAAGAAGGGUAUACAAUUCGAGAACCAGGGCUGAAGAAAAGUGGGAAGAACAUUUUCAAAGAAAAUAAGGAACAUGAACUCAAGGGCAAAAAGAACAUAGAUGAACAAUCCCCGGACUGUGAGAAAAAACGAGGUCAUCAAGAUGAGGUAAACCAAAAGGAAGAUAACGAGGUGGGCAAAAACAUGGCCCGAACAUGUGAAUUUCAUGAAAGCCAAUAUUUUAAGCAAGAGUAUGAGGAACAGUAUGAGCAAUGUCACGACAACUUCGAGGACAAGGAUGGAGAACAAUUCACAGACUGUCAGGAGUACCAAGAACUUAGAGAGAGUGUCACAGGAGAACGAGAUGACCGAUAUCAUGAGAUGCCAGUGCUCGAAAACGAAGAGUGGAAAGUGGAAAUUCACAGUCAUAGUGAGAAACGGGAACAUGAGGGGGAGUCGUUGAAGACUGACGGUCCGAAACCUGGGUGCAAUAAGAAAGGAGAGGCGGGGAAAAAGCUGGACGCAAACAACGAAAAUGGCUACACAUUAGCAUCAAACGAUACCUCCACUGCCCUGAGGAUAAAUCCCACUACAAAUGAAAAUGCGCUUUCUUGCGACCUCUGUGGCCGAACUCUCAUGAGCAGCACUGACCUGGAGCGACAUGUGCUGCGCCAUGGCUUGUAGCCUCCGCUGCUGGGAAUGUACCGACUCUGAAGGCGUUGUUGCUGUUCACAAGUGGGAGAUGUAUGUCAUAUCAGCGCUGCUCAUUACGCAGGAGCGACUGUGAAGUUCAAAUGAAUGUCGUUGUCACGUGUUGGAAACGGUAGGAAAGUGUGGUUGUGUACCGCAACAUUCUAGAACGACACCUGUCUUGUUUCCAAGGAAUUAGCUGUUUUAAUGCUUUGUAAAUAUAUUUUAAUCCUGUUGUCUUUGAGAUUGUUUGUAAUAAAUGAUUUUAACCCAGA